GUACGAUAAUCUGGCAACGGUGAGCUCCACCCAGGCGGAGAAUACGUGUAGUGUUCGUGUAGUGGACCAACCCAGCAGUUCGUCGGUACCAGUCCAGCCCAUUCAGCCGCAGGUCUCACAACAUGGAACGGCAUCACCCGCGAGGCAACUGGCGCCACAGGGGCGACGAUGACUCUGAGCGCGGACAAGAAGGGAGGCUGGUUCAAGGACGAGGACGAGGACGAGGACGGGGCAGAGCUGCAGAGCACGACCCCAACUGCUUCCCCGUGUUGAACGCCUCAAGGUACGAGAGGGAGGCCCCACUUCUGCCCCCGCCCACCGUGCUGGGGUCGUUCUCUGUGGACAAAGAAAAGAACAUCAUCUUCAACAACUCCAUGAUGCCCAAACUGUGCGAAAUGUACAUUCCGGACGGCGAAUUCAUGGAGGUGGAUAUAGACCUCAAAAAGGGCUGGGAGAGAGGCAAUUACGGAACAGGAAGGUCAGGUGAAGGGAUAGGGCGUCGCCUUCAAUGGAUUCUUCGGAACCAGGAAAAACUAAAAGCUGAAGACUCGCCUGACAGACUGGCGGCUGAUUUUGUGUGCUCAAAUAGCAUGCUCAAGAAAUUCAUGCUGGCCCCGUAUGCACAACAUCCUAAGAACUUCAAUGCUCAGUGGAAGAUUUAUGCCAAAUAUUUCAAGGGAACGAUAUACAUGACAAAGGAAAAUCUAGACCAGAAGAAACACAGCAAGGGAGUUCGCCAGGAGGAGGGGGCCAACCGGGAGGAGGGGGCCAUCCAGGAGGGAGCCCGCUACGGGCAUAGGUUUGAACAGUACAUGACGGGAGGGGAUCCCAAUGGUGUCCUGGAAGGUGACUGCCAGUUCCAGUGUGUGCUGCAGCUGGACCUGAACGGGAAGUCGCUGCUCCUCUCCGCACACAUCGAUGCAGCAGACCCAACACGCCACCAAGAAGACUUCAGGGACAUGAACAGCUUUGUGAGACUGAAAGCACGGAAGGACUCGACCAAACAACAUGCUGAUAAUAUCUAUAGGAGGUAUGUCCUAAACGAAUGGUGGAUUGAAAACAAGAUAACAGGUGUCCCACGGCUUCUGGUAGGCAAAAGGAACGCAGAUGAAGUGGUGUACACACUGCAGAUGUUACAAACAGAUGACAUGCCUGAUUUGGCUCAGGGGAUGUGGGAACCAUCCGUAUGCAUCAAUUUCUUGGACGAGUUCCUCAAUUUUGUCAAAGAAAAGGUGGUCGCGGAACCUGACGUGGUUCAUCGCUUUGAGAAGUCUGCCGAACUCCGUAAGAUCCUCCACUCCAGCAGUCCUAACCUGGAAGACUUUUUACCCGACUGGUACAAAGAACAGCUCUUCGCCACAUAAAACUGAGAGAGCAACUGAAGCGAUGGUAGUAACUAAGGGUAACAUACCAAAUAUCAUGUCUCAUAUAGGCAGCCUUGAGAACGGUCAUUCAUUUUCCCUCGUAUAGCCUACCAGUAAGUAAAACAACGAGAAUGAUCAACUACAUUUUUAUCAACAACAGUAUCACUUAUUGUACUGAAGUGUGAUUGUUACAAGUCCCAGAGAAACACAGGUAAUUUACGACAAUUGAAAGAAUAGCUCAAACUUCGUGGGCCCACAGACGUGAUUGGUGGUGACGCCCGCUGGCUGGCAACUCUGAACAUACCUCAUUAUGGCGGUGGGGGCGGGGAAGACGGUGGCUGAGUGGUUAACGUGCCGACGCCUCAUCCUACGCGGGUUCAUGUCCCACCCGGUACCACAUGCUGGGAUUUUUCAGUCACCGCCGAGUGGCCUAAUACUACCCACAUAUUGUCCAGAAGACCACCUAUCAACCCAGACUCUAAAUUUCUCUCUAAAAGAGGUCAAUAAUGAGCUACUUGGAACAGUAUGAGACAACCAAGAUGGCGCCACUAUAAAACAUUUGCCUGAGCUACAACAGGCUGGGGCCGACUAUCAGGACCCUCCAAGAAAGACCGGCGCCAAAGGUGGAAUAAAUGCAUGACAAUAUCAAUGCUUCUUUAGCAGUAACAAAAUGGACACUUGUAAAAGUUCCAAUCAUUCCUAUUGCAGCAUAUUGCAUUGCAUAAGGAAAAUACCAAAUAUAUUGAUAUUUUGAUGUAUGUCCUAAGGCAGUGGUUAUUAACCUUUUUCAUCGUCUUACCCCCUGAGACUCUCCAGGGCAUUACCGUGACCCCUAUGUUAAAUAUUGUAAUGGUGAACUUUGAGUAAAGGUAAACAAAAUUGAAUAAAGAUCCCGAUUAAUUGAAAAUGUUACAAAUAAAAAAACUGAAAAAUGACAAAUUCCCUUUUUUUUUUUUUUUUUUUCCGCCUAUGGAGCCGGCAGGCUUGCAUGGAGGGGACUGAUGGUAUGGCCCAGCCCGUUGUGGCGCAGGCAAAUAUUUUAUAGUGGCACCAUCUUGCAUUGGCUCAUGCUGCCCCCCCGGAGCUCAUCUUGGAUCCUAGAAUCUAGUCCGAGUCCGGGUUGAUAGGUGGUCUUCUGGACAGCAUGUGGAUAGUCUUAGGCCACUCGAUGGUGACUGAAAAAUCCCGGCUUGUGACACCGGGCGGGGCGCAAACUCGCGUCGUCCUAGAUGCGGCGCCGUCACGCUAUCCACUCAGCCACCGCCUCCUAUACUAAAACAGUACAGACCAUCAGGCUUUUUUCGCUUAUAAACAUUUAUAAAUUGGGCCAGAUGAUAGCCAAUAUAGCACAGUAUCCAUUAAAAACGCAUCAUUGAUAAAUGUAAUUGUUCACGAGAGGUAUAUUAAUUUCUCUUAAGAAAAAAAAGUCACCAUAAAAUUAUAGCCUAUUUUUUUUUAAUGCAAAAUAAUAGCUUAGUAUUCCUAAAUGCAAUAUAAUAGCUUAGUAUUUCUAAAUGCAAAAUAAUAGCCUAGUUUCCUAAAUGCAUAAAAGUAGUCAAUUUCUUAAAUGCAAAAUAAUAGCUUAGUAUUCUUAAAUGGGUUGAUAAGUGGUCUUCAGGACAGCAUGUGGGUAGUGUUAGGGCACUCGACGGUGGUCAGCGGUGGAUUCAAAGCUGCGUCAUCCAGAACUCUGCGGAAUGCGGGACUGGUGUGGUGUUGUCUGCCAUCCCGUUUCGUGAGACAUCCCAUCCUUAACUUCGCAUCGUGGAACCCAAUCUUUACCAUCAUAAAGUAAUUAAGUGAAGCAUCUAAGUGUAAAAAAGUACCAAGGAGGACCUAAAAAGCAAUGCAAAGCGGAACAGGUCACAGGAAGAAGUGAUGGUUGAUAUUCUAGUUAUAUACACAUACGUCACCAUUUGCUUUUACAAUAAUAUAAAUAAACUAGGGUGGGAUAGAUCCCGACAAGCUGUCGACGAAAGACACAGUACCGUGUCGAAAUUCAUGUAUGUAUUCAGGAUGGGAUGUCUCAGGACACGAGGAUGUCUGACGACACUACACAGCAACCACCUCCACCACCGCUUAGCAGAGUAACUGUGGCAAUUGAUAUUGUUGUUGUUGCCCUUCAUGAACGAACAAAAGGUCUGUCACAACGACAACCUUAUGAGACUUCUGUGCCCCCCAGAUGGACUAGCCCAUCCCAGUUAUUUAGCGGGGAUGGGAUGAACUCUGGCUGUGCUGCGGCGACACGCCGUGUUCGGCAUGAAGGGUAGGGUGGAGCACCCCAAGAGGUCUGUCACCACCGCCAGACAGAAAGAGCUUUGCCUGAGUGAGUGGAUCUGUGUGGUGGGAGCGGUUCACGUGGCUGGGCCUUCUGUUGGCACAUAGGUUUUGGCGUGUUAUAUACAAACAUACAUAUUAUAUACAUAGUAAAGUUUGUAAUUAGUUCAUAAGUAUCAGUAAUCGCUAUCCAAUAUUUUCAGACAGCAUUACAAUUUACACUCCUUGUACUGUAUUCCAGUUUUAUUAUAUACAUCAGCGAAAUAAAACCAUUUUAUCA